UUCUAUUUAAUAUUCUUUUUUUUUUUUUAGUGAGCUGUGAUGAAAUAAUGGUUUCCAUUGCUCUGGUUAGCUGAAAAGGAUAUCGAUAUUGUUCUCUGGUUCGAUAAUUUACAAUACAAUGUCGGCAAUAAAGUUGUGUUGACCUUGCGAAAAGCAAAUUUCAAUACCACAGGGACACACGGGCUGUUGAAACCUGUUACUGUCAAGUAAACGUGUGUCCAAACAAUAAUCGAAUUGACAAACAAGCAACAGAAAUUGGACGUAAAACACAAAAUAAAAUAUUAAAAUAAUCAAUACAAUAAAUUAGUAUAAAACUUCAAUAGAACUGCAUUCAAUGUGCCAUUUCAUCUGGAGAUAAGGUUCACACUAUUCCCAACAUUUAUUAUGUGUGUAUUUAACGUAGAUGCUUAAGUAAAGUAUUAGAUACCAAAAAGCUAAGGAUACGCAACAGAAGAAUUCCCUCCACUUAACAGCGUCGAACAACAAAAUUAUCAAAAAGGCAGUUAUAUUAAUAACACCAUUUGCACCACUAUUAAGAUAAUCUCUGUCUCAUCUAAUAUACUUACUUAUCCAUAACUAAAGCUUACAGUUUGUGCUCUACACUAAUCAAUGUUGGUUGAAAUUACUCUCCAGAACUCGAAUUUAUAAAAUGUAUAAGAUUUGAGAAAAUUAAAAUUUAUUAGAUUUGAGAAGAUUAUAAAUUCAACGAAUGGUAGUUCAAAAAAUAGAGUUAAUGGCGUAUUAAGAUAUCUGCAUGCUUAUAAGUUGAUUACAGCAGAAUUCACCUUACCAAGAGGCAUUUCAACAACAAAGAAAAGAAAAUUAAUUUGAUACAAAGAUAUACAUACAACACAAGAACAUCUAAUACUACGCGGGUCAUCAAUUCGGGUUUGAAAUACAUUUUAUAACACGGCAGUUAAAUCGAGCAACCUGCAAAAAGGAAUUCUACGUAAUUCGCUGCUACAUACAUAUGUAUAUCGUGUAGGUAGAUGUGUAUAUGACAUCGUUAUAGAACGCUUAAAUCUCUAAACUAUUAGAAGUGACGCCCAUCAGAAUCUUCUGCUUGAAAUUAUUUUAUCUAAAACCAAUUCGCACGAGAGGUGGACAUAAAAAAUACAACUGGAAAAUAUAUAAAGCAAGAAAAUGUCAUCGGGAACAUUUGUUGAUCGAAUUGAUCCAUUUGCUAAACGCUCGUUAAAAAAGAAAAGUAAAAAAAGUCAGGGUUCCUCGCGUUAUAGAAAUUCUCAGGAUGUGGAGCUGCAACAGCUGCCGCCCUUAAAAGCCGAUUGCUCGAGUUUGGAACAAGAAGAACUAUUCAUUCGCAAGUUACGUCAGUGCUGUGUAUCUUUUGACUUUAUGGAUCCAGUAACGGAUUUAAAGGGGAAAGAAAUUAAGAGAGCUGCAUUAAAUGACCUCUCCAAUUACAUUACACAUGGUAGAGGCGUGCUCACGGAACCUGUGUAUCCAGAGAUUAUACGAAUGAUUUCAUGUAAUUUGUUCCGCACACUGCCCCCCAGUGAAAAUCCCGACUUUGAUCCAGAAGAAGAUGACCCGACACUUGAAGCCUCGUGGCCACAUUUGCAGUUAGUCUAUGAAGUUUUUCUGCGUUUCUUGGAAUCGCAAGACUUUCAAGCGACCAUAGGCAAACGUGUUAUUGAUCAGAAAUUCGUUUUGCAGCUUUUGGAGCUCUUCGAUUCCGAGGAUCCACGUGAACGCGAUUUCUUGAAAACCGUUUUACAUCGCAUCUAUGGAAAAUUCUUAGGAUUACGCGCUUUUAUACGAAAACAAAUUAAUAAUAUUUUUUUGCGUUUUAUUUACGAAACAGAGCAUUUUAAUGGCGUCGGCGAAUUGCUAGAAAUAUUGGGCAGCAUCAUUAAUGGUUUUGCCUUGCCCCUAAAGGCCGAGCAUAAACAGUUUCUUGUGAAGGUGCUAUUGCCUCUGCACAAAGUGAAAUGCCUCGGGUUAUAUCACGCUCAACUGGCAUACUGCAUCGUACAGUUUCUUGAAAAGGAUCCAUACCUUACCGAACCGGUAGUACGUGGAUUAUUGAAGUUUUGGCCAAAAACAUGUUCGCAAAAAGAAGUUAUGUUCUUGGGAGAGAUCGAAGAGAUAUUAGAUGUUAUUGAUCCCCCGCAAUUUGUGAAAAUACAGGAGCCAUUAUUUCGUCAGAUCGCCAAAUGUGUGUCAAGUCCGCAUUUUCAAGUUGCUGAGCGUGCGCUUUUCCUUUGGAAUAAUGAAUAUGCAAUGUCAUUGAUAGAGGAGAAUAACGCCGUUAUUAUGCCGAUUAUGUUUCCGGCGCUGUACAGAAUUAGUAAAGAACAUUGGAAUCAAACGAUCGUUGCCUUGGUUUAUAACGUGCUAAAGACAUUCAUGGAAAUGAACUCGAAACUUUUUGAUGAACUAACAGCCAGCUAUAAAGCUGAGAGACAAAAAGAGAAAAAGCGCGAGCGAGAUCGUGAAGAAUUAUGGAAGAAGUUACAUGAAUUAGAAAUAAAUCGUGCAAAAAGCGGCAGUGCCGUUGGCACGGCAGCGGCUAAUUCGGUGCUAGGAGCUGGUGGAAGUGGCGGCAGUGCCGCUGGCUCGCAACAAACCAUCACCUCUUAUCAGCAGCAACAAUCGAAUGCUAGCAUGGCAAAAAGUGAAAGCAGCGGUGGUUCUGGUGACAACAAUCCUGCCUUACUUAGCGGCGGUGCACAAAGCGGCAGUACUUCUUUGAACGCCAGUGGUACGAAUGCAUUUGCCAAAGUAAAAGCGGAAAAAACAGAAAACUAAACGAUGAGGCGAAAAAGAAUGGGGAAAAUUAAACAAACAAACAAGCUUAAUAAUAGCAUAGGGUGGUGUUAAACCGUAAAAAAUAAUGCGUAUGUAAGUAAAAAGAAAGGAGAAAAAACUUGCAUUUGUGCGCCUACAACCCAGUGUAAGCCACAAUGGGGCGUGAGCAUAUUAUUAAGUAAACUUGGAGUCCCUAUCGAAAUAAAGAAAAAAACAAAAAUAAACCAACAAUUAAAAAAAAAAACUACACCAACAUGAUCAAAACAAAAGCGUUUCACCACCAUAAUAUCCGGCGUCAUUACCAAUGAUAACAGACGACAGAACUAUGUAGAAGCUAAAAUGUUGAUUAUAAAAUAAAAUAAAAAAA